AUGGGUUGGGCGGAAAACGUCAACUCCCGCGUCGCCAAAAGCUUCGUCGGCCGUUGGUUUCGCCUCGAUGGCUCCGGUCAUCCUCGCGAGCGUAAGGGAUCAUACUUCCUCACUGAGAUGCGCGCCGGCCUCACCAGUUUCUUCGCCAUGGCUUACAUCCUCGCUGUCAACUCCUCCAUCGUCUCCGAGUCCGGCGGCACCUGCGUCUGCAACGGCGGCGCCGAUGAUCCCCUCUGCAACACGAACCAAGAGUACGCUAUCUGCGUCCAAGGCAUCAAGCGCGACGUUGUCACUGCCACGGCCGCCAUCUCCGCCAUCGCCACCUUCUUUGUCGGCGUGCUUGCCAAUAUGCCCGUCGGCAUCGCCCCGGGCAUGGGCCUCAACGCAUACUUUGCCUACACCGUCGUCGGCUUCCACGGCUCCGGGCCCGUCCCCUACCGCGUCGCCCUGACCGCCAUCUUCGUUGAGGGCUUCAUAUUCUUCGCCCUCGCCCUCUUUGGCAUGCGUCAGUGGCUCGCCCGCGCUAUCCCCGCCUCCAUCAAGCUCGCCACCGGCGUCGGCAUUGGCUUCUAUCUGACCCUCAUCGGCCUCACGUACAGCAACGGUAUCGGCGUCAUCGUCGGUUCCCAGGCAACCCCGGUCGAGCUCGCCGGCUGCCACCCGUCCAGCAUCGACCCCAAGACCGGCACCUGUCCGGGCUCUGACAAGAUGCGCAACCCCACCAUGUGGAUCGGCAUUUUCUGCGGUGGCAUACUGUCUGUCAUGCUCAUGAUGUACCGCGUCAAGGGUGCCAUCAUCAUCGGCAUCCUCCUCGUCAGCAUCAUCUCUUGGCCGCGCCCGACACCCGUCACCUACUUCCCCUACACCCCUGUCGGCGACGACGCGUUCAACUUUUUCAAGAAGGUCGUUACCUUCCAUCCCAUCCAGAACAUCCUCAACGUCCAGGAGUGGAACAUUGGCGAGUACGGCGGCCAGUUCGGGCUUGCCCUCAUCACCUUCCUUUACGUCGACAUCCUCGACUGCACUGGUACCCUCUACUCCAUGGCCCGCUUCGCCGGCCUCGUCGACCCCGUGACCCAGGACUUUGAGGGCUCUACCCUCGCCUACAUGACCGACGCCAUCUGCAUCUCCAUCGGCGCCGUAUUUGGCGUGCCACCCGUCACGGCCUUCGUCGAGUCGGGCGCUGGCAUCACCGAGGGCGGCAAGACGGGUCUCACGGCCGUCAUGACUGGCCUCUGCUUCUUCAUCACCGUCUUCUUCGCGCCCAUCUUCGCCUCCAUCCCACCCUGGGCCACCGGCUGCGUCCUCGUCAUCGUCGGGGCCAUGAUGGCCACAGCCGUUGUUGAGAUCAACUGGAGGUACCUCGGCGACGCCGUCCCCGCCUUCCUCACUAUGGCCAUGAUGCCGUUUAGCUACUCCAUCGCCGAUGGCCUCAUCGCGGGCGUCAUGUCGUACAUUAUCAUCAACGGCGGGGUCUGGGUCAUCAAGAAGCUCUCGGGAGGCCGCAUCGUGCCGCCCAACUACGAGGAGCGCACCGGCUGGACGUACAAGAUCCCCGGUGGCGUGCUGCCGCCCUGGAUGGUGCGUCUUUCCAAGGGCGACAAGAACUUCUGGAAGGAGGAGUCGCGCCCGACGACCGCGACGCUGACGCCUAAGGAAGCCGACCUGGCAUCGAAUCACGGUUCUGACAACGAGCAGCCUGCCGAGAAUGUGGCCACGACCAUCCCGGACGACCAGCCCAAACGCCAGUAG